CCCGUUCUUCGGCUUUUAUCAGAUCAUGCAGCUGCAGCUGUUGUGUCAGACCCCGGGACCAUAGCCUAGUACUAUUUUGACAACCCUCCUUACCUCACCUCUCCCUCCCUCUCGCUUCCUUUUUUCCCUCCUACACCCCACGUCCCUCUUCCCAUAAACCUCUCUCUCUCCCACCUCUCCCUCUCUCUCGCGCAUCUCUACCACCCAACCCCCCCCUCUCUGCCUCAAGGCUUCACCACCCCCCCAUCCCCCGCCAACAAUGGCACCCAACGUCUUCGCCGUCCCCGUCUUCUUCAUCGUCUUCCGCGAAACCAUCGAAACCGGCAUCAUCAUCUCCGUCCUCCUCGCCUUCCUCAAACAAACCCUCUCUGGCCCCACCUCCGACCCCGUCAUCUACAAGAAACUCGUGCGCCAAGUCUGGCUCGGCUCCAUCAUCGGCCUCACCCUCUGCCUCAUCAUCGGCGGCGGUCUAAUCGGCGCUUUCUACGGUUUAAGUCGCAAUGCCUGGCAAUCGACCGAGUACUACUGGGAAGGCUCCUUCGGGCUCGUCGCAGCGAUCAUCAUCACAGCCCUUGGCGCGGCGCUGCUGAGGGUGUCGAAGUUACAGGAUAAGUGGCGGGUUAAGCUGGCCAAGGCGCUGACUGAGAAGGCGGAGAAGGAGGAGGGGAAGAGGAAUCGGUUCCAGAGGUGGUGCGAGAGGUAUGCGAUGUUUUUGGUGCCGUUUGUGACGGUGUUGAGGGAGGGGAUUGAGGCGAUUGUUUUUAUUGCGGGAGUGAGCUUUUCGAGUCCCGCGGCGAGUGUGCCGUUGCCCGUUGUGAUGGGGUUGUUGGCGGGGGCGGCGAUUGGGUAUAUUAUUUAUAAGGGCGGUGCAACGGCGCGUUUACAGUACUUCCUCAUCGUCUCAACAUGCUUCCUCUACCUCGUUGCCGCGGGUCUCUUCUCCCGCGCUGUGUGGUUCUUCGAGGCGCAGCUGUGGAAUAAUGCCGUUGGAGGCGACGCGGCCGAGACGGGUGCUGGGCCGGGGUCUUACGAUAUCGAUAAGUCGGUGUGGCAUGUGAAUUUCGGCAGCCCCGACCUCAACGGCGGCGGCGGCUGGGGAAUCUUCAACGCCGUCUUCGGAUGGCAAAACUCCGCCACCUACGGCAGCGUGAUUAGUUACAACAUCUACUGGAUCUUCGUCAUCGCCAUGUUUGCGAGCAUGCGGUUCCAAGAGGUGAGAGGGCGCUGGCCUUGGGGACGGAAGGUGAAGAAGGGGACGGAUGAUGGGGAUGUGGAGGGGAGCGCGAGGGAGAGUGGUGGGGAGGGGAGUGGGGGGGAUGAGAAGAGGGUGCAUGUUGUGGAGGUUGGGGGGGCGAGGACGGUGGGGGAGUAA